UGUACAUGUAAAACAAUAACAAUAACUUAAACUUACUGAAAAAUAGCCACUAUUUAUUAGUUCAUAUAUAUCGAUUUGAAGUAUCCCAUUGUAGUUUCCGUAUCCGCCAUCUUUCUUUCCGGUUUUGUGCCCUCUCGGAGCCAUCAUGAAGGUCGAGUUGUGCAGUUUCAGCGGGUAUAAAAUAUACCCCGGCCAUGGCCGUCGAUACGCCAGGAUAGACGGAAAGGUGUUCCAGUUUUUGAACGCCAAGUGUGAGUCCGCCUUCCUUGCCAAGAGGAACCCAAGACAGAUCAACUGGACUGUGCUGUACAGACGCAAGCACAAGAAGGGCCAGUCUGAAGAGGUGGCAAAGAAGCGUACCCGCCGCGCAGUGAAAUUCCAGAGGGCCAUUACUGGGGCCUCCCUGGCUGAGAUCAUGGCCAAGAGGAAUCAGAAGCCUGAGGUCCGCAAGGCCCAGAGGGAGCAGGCCAUCAG